GAGACUCCAGGGCGUGUCCUCGGAGGGGCGGGGCGAGGCUGCAGUUUGGCUCUAGGGCUGCCUGUCCGCUGGCCGCACUCCCACGUUCCCCAGGCUGCUGCUUCAGUGACUGUGACUGAAGAGUGGGACUCUGCGCAGCAUGGAGAAGCGGUACACAGACGACGCCCAAGCCCGGCGGCUGCCUGACACCCUCAAGGAAGAUUCCUCCCGCACGGGUCUUGGAAUUUGUGGAUGGAUUUUGGUGGCUGUCUCAUUCCUAUUCACACUUGUAACUUUCCCAAUAUCGAUAUGGAUGUGCAUAAAGAUUAUAAAGGAGUACGAGAGAGCCAUCAUCUUUAGACUGGGCCGCAUUGUACAAGGAGGAGCCAAAGGACCUGGCUUGUUUUUUAUUCUGCCUUGCACUGACAGCUUCAUCAAAGUGGACAUGAGGACCAUUUCCUUUGACAUUCCUCCUCAGGAGGUCCUCACGAAGGACUCAGUGACAAUCAGUGUGGAUGGUGUGGUCUAUUACCGCGUCCAGAACGCAACCCUGGCAGUGGCAAACAUCACCAAUGCCGACUCAGCGACCCGUCUUCUGGCACAAACUACUCUCAGGAAUGUUCUGGGCACUAAGAACCUUUCCCAGAUCCUCUCUGACAGGGAAGAAAUUGCCCAUAAUAUGCAGUGCACACUGGAUGAUGCCACUGACGACUGGGGAAUAAAGGUGGAGCGAGUGGAAAUUAAGGAUGUGAAGCUCCCCACGCAGCUCCAGAGAGCUAUGGCUGCAGAGGCAGAAGCAUCCCGGGAGGCUCGAGCCAAGGUUAUUGCUGCUGAAGGAGAAAUGAAUGCAUCCAGAGCUCUGAAAGAAGCCUCCAUAGUUAUCACCGAGUCUCCUGCAGCCCUUCAGCUUCGAUACCUUCAGACAUUGACCACCAUUGCUGCUGAGAAAAACUCCACAAUUGUCUUCCCUCUGCCUAUAGAUAUGUUGCAGGGCAUCAUGGGGGCAAAACACUGAGCCAUGUAGGCCAGCACUGAGAUGAGCUAUACAUGUCUGAGGAAGAAGUAGGAGACCAAGUUAGCCCUCAGCUCCGUGAAGAGAGUAGAGCAGGGGACCUUGAAUAUCCCUGCUUUGUCCUUUUCUAUAUGUCAAGGGUUUUAGAAUGUGUAGUGAUUAUAGAAACAGUGGAAUGAAUUACUGGCUUGUAAAUACUAAGAGAGAGACUGGCGAUUUAUAUGUAAGAUAAUGUCCCACUCUUUAAACUAAUUAAGGGUUUGUAUUUUAGAUCAUCCUGGAAUAGGUUAAAUCCCUCUUCUUUUAACUUCCAUUGAGUCAUGCUGAACACUGUCAACAGCCCAACCAGAGGCAAGAACACAAGCUACAGCCAGCUUCUCUGGGCCAUCUGUGCCUUACCUCCAGGGGGUCCUAAUUAAGGACAUUUCCUUGGUGUCUACCUACUUCAUAAACCCAAACCUCACUGGACAGGAGGCAUCUUCUUCUUGUACCUAUCAACCCAUAACCAAUGGUCAGGAUUGAUGAAAAGGGUUGUACUGACCCUUCAGUAACUUUUUAAAUUCAGCAUUAUGCUGGUCCUUGUGAAAAUAGCAGAUACAUUUUUUUUGUAACUCCUUUGAGCCUCCUUCGGGAGGAAGACAGCCCUCUGUGGUCUGUCUUUCAAACCACCUCACUACUUAUCACAAAAGUGCUUCUUCUAAAUUUUGCCUGUUUUCACAUAUCGUUUUGAAUAGUUUUGAUUUUUUAAUAAAAAUUUCUCUAAGUUCUAUAAACAGUUAUACCCAUUUGAAUAGCUAAAGAGUUAAAAGAUUUUUUAAAAAAAUAUCUUCAAAAAACCAUUAACAUUACUGUCUGCAUGCUAUUAACUAUUGUACACUGCAAAAUAUCGUGCCUACCAAUCCCACCCAUGAAGACCUGUAAUGUUAAAGGAUUAUGGGCCAACACUGUAGAGCUUAGGAUACAUAUGUGCGAUGUAGAACUCUUAGUUUGCCACAUUAUUCUUUUCCUUAAGUCUGUGUUGACACAGAAGGAAGUAGUCAGCUCCUUUGGGCCAUUGCUUCUUGGCCUGUAAUAUUAGGACACAUCUUCUUUAUGCAAGUGCCUAUGAAUUGGAGCAACCUGACACUUUCUACUGUCCCGGAAAUCUGGUGGUUGACAUUUACAGCAUAUCCUCUUUGAAGCUCUCAGUUUACCUGAAGUCUGAGAAUAACAGCUUCCUUUUCCAGCACCUGUCUUUAUCUCAGCCCUUAGCUGAAUCACUCUGUUGAUCCUAGCCCAUAAUAUCCCUUCCACCAUUCUCCAUUUUUAAGCUUAUUUUAGAAAACUUCAACUACUUUUGGUCCAGGUUCUUGAGUUUAUUAGAGGUAUAUGCACUGUUUCAACACAGGACUCUAGCUGCACUUGCAUUUUAAAUUUUAAAAUAAUGUUUUUGUCUAUUUACCCUUGAUCACUGAGGACAGGAAACUCCAUAUCCUGGUGAAAAAUCUUUUUAGAUGUAGAAUGACAGUGCUUUUUGGUCCCAUGAGUUUUUAUUUCUCCAGAUAUCAAACUGUCAUCCUUGAGAGGGAAAAAGCCUAGAAGGAGUCCUGGGGUGAGAGCAUUAGUACAAAAGUGUUUGCCAUAGCAUCCCUUUCUGAUAAUAUACAUAAUAAAGUUUGUGCGCUUUAA